AUGGAAUUGGAUACUGGGGCUGCUGUGUCUUUAAUUUCUCCGGUGGAGGCCGAGCUGAAGCGCCUAACUGAGCUUGGAGUGAUCUCACCAUUGGGGAAUAGUGAGUGGGCCACACCUGUGGUGCCUGUAAUCAAAAAGGAUGGCACAGUGAGACUGUGUGGCGAUUUCAAGGUCACCCUCAACCAAGCUCUCUGCGUGGAUAGAAAUCCAAUAUCACGCAUUGAAGACAUUUUUGCCUCUCUAGCAGGAGGGCAACACUUCAGUAAGUUAGACUUAUCAAAUGCAUAUCUACAGAUGGAGGUAGAAGAGAAGUGUAGGAAGCUGCUGACUAUCUCCACACAAAAAGGGCUAUUCCGCUUUAAUCGCUUGCCCUUUGGCGUAGCGUCAUCACCUGGCUUGUUCCAAAAGGCUAUGGACCAAGUACUGCUCGGACUGCCUCACACACACUGUUACCUGGACGACAUCCAUAUCAGUGGUCCUGAUGAACAGACUCCCCUCAAAGAGCUGGAUUCAGUCCUGGGCAGGCUAGAGGAGUAUGGCCUGCAUCUCAAACAAGAGAAGUGUCUGUUUUUCCAGGAGUCUGUGGAAUACUUGGGCCACAUCAUUGCUGGGCUCCACAAAUCACCAGAGAAGGUACGUGCUAUUGUGGAAGCACCAGCACCAUGUGAUGUCAGCCAGCUACGUUCAUUUCUAGGGAUGCUGAACUAUUAUGGACGCUUCAUUCCUGAUCUAGCCACUGUCCUAAAACCACUGAAUGAACUGCUUAACAAAGGGAAGCAAUGGCAGUGGACAGUAGACUGA